AUUAUACUCUCGAAAUUAUUCUGGAUUGUGUACUUGUUUGGGCUCUGUAUAAUUUUAAUAUCGUUGUCGACCGUCUCCAGUGGAAUCGGCCAAUCUCGACACUGCCGGCGAGUUCGUUGACCUCCAUCAUCUCCGGUAUCAAGCCCCGCGUCGCAGUUCACAGCUUCACGCCGCACAUAAUUCAAUAAGACACCAUGGCCAGCCAACCGCAAAUCAACCCCAAAAAGCAGCAGGAGCUGCAGCUUCAAUACACGAACUUCAAGAACACCUUGCAACAAAUGGCACAGAAGAUUGGUGAUAUGGAGCAGGAAGGUGAAGAGCAUAGACUUGUCAUCGAGACCCUCGAACCUCUCCCUAAAGAACGAAAGUGCUUCCGCAUGGUGAAUGGCGUGCUGGUCGAGCGCUCAAUCGCAGACGUCCUCCCCGCCCUCAAAACGAAUUCUGAUGGAUUGAAGCAAGUGCUAGAGGAGAUGUUGAAGCAGUACAAGACGAAGCAAACAGAGCUGGAUGGAUGGAAGAAAAAGAACAACAUUCAGGUCGUGCAGCCAUAGACGGGAUAAUACGUUUUCCUUAUUAUGCUCGUAACUCUCCUCAUUGUAUUUCUUCGAGUCACAUAUUGGGUCAUUGUAUGAUUGAGACCAGCAACGGCGUUAGGGGUUUCUGGAAUCACAAAAUACUUGGACAUUCGAGCCUCCGAUAUCUUUUGAUCUUUGCCUUACUUCUUUUUGAUUAAAUUCAACAGCGCGGGCGUGCCCAAGCUCUCAGAUUUGGAGGGGAGCGCAUGGCUGAUACUCCAUAUGUCAACAGGUCAAACAUUUUGAUGCGAACGCGCGCAGGGAUAGGAUUGUGACGGCAUGGCGGAUGUUUUUGAGACGCACUUGUGCCCAAAUAUCUAGGUCUAGACUGGACGAAUAUCAGGCGAUAAUUAACAGCCUGAGGCGAGCAAUGUAGAGCUUCACAUGUUUACUUGGUAACCAAUCAGAAAUCUCAGAUAUAUAUGGAUC